AUGACUGUGUUCAUGCUGCUUGUUGCCGAUAUUAUGCCAUCAACUUCAGAAGUUAUACCCGUCAUCUCCAUUUACUUCAGUGGAACAAUAUUUGAGGUAUGUUAACCAAACAAAGUUUUGACUGGCUACCAUCAUUAUCUUUAAACCUUGUUACACGAUCUGUUCCCUGGAUUGCUUGUGCUUAUACAGGACAUACAUUUUCACUAGAGGGGAACAAGUAUGUUAUACCAUCUUCUUCGAAUCACUUGCCAGUAGUUAUUUUAGUCAUCUAUAUCUACUUUAACUGUGAAAAAAAAAUUAUUUUUGGUUGCAACAAGUGCUAUCAACACUGAUCUGAUAUGUGUUCGGCUACUGCAUGGGUUCAGCAGUUAAGUCAACCAUAUUCACUGUACUACUUUUAUCGUACAGUAAUUGGGGUGUUUAAAACCCUUUCGUCAGGUUAGGUUUUGUAUCAAAAAGGAGCUUUUGAUUAUCGCAAGAAAAAAAUUGAGGAAUUUGAAAGAUCCGGGCAAACUGAGGCACUGCCCGUAGGAUAAUAGAGAGCCACUGGGCUGCUGGCCUGACAGACCAUUUAUUAUGUUGUCCGACAUCCCGGGAGCAAAAUCUAUAAUCCCGUUUCUUUUACUUUCCAUUUCUGUAUCUUGUUGAUCCCAAACCCAUACAGUCAUACAGAAGAACUAGUUAUUGCAUGCAUCUGAUAUAAUUGCUCAUUCCUAGGUUGCCUUGGCUCUGUUGGCUACGUGCAUUAUUCUCAAAUGUCAUUUUCAAGACCCCAGUUUAUCAGACAUGCCCAUCUGGGUCCGACAUGUUGUGUUCAAAUGGAUGGCUCCAUUAUUACGCUUUAAACUUCCAAAAAAACGUAAACCCAAACGGAUAAACAUAACAGAUAUGUACAGUGUUAUUACCGAAGCAACGGAGUCAACCCCUAACAACAAAGUGUACGGACAGAAAGUUCCGAAGAAUAUGGUGGCAUCCUCCAUUGAAGCGGUGUUUCCUCGGAGUAAUGAAAUUAACCAAUCCAUCGUGAGACAGCUGUCUUAUUUAAACCUCGUAAAUGGCAACCACAGAUCAAGCCAGACAGUUACCAGCCAAGUGGAUGAGGGCUUAAGAUCAAGGCUGACCGUUACUCAUGCUGAAGACUGGCGCCGACCAUCAACAACUGCAAACCUUUGCAGCAAUGAAAACCGUGACGAGCAGCAUAACAGUGUGACAUGCGUAGUCACUGAGCCGCCGACAGUAAACAGCAGUGACAAGCGUAUGGAUGAGCUCUUAAAAAUGCAGACAAAGUUAUUGGAAUAUGUCCAGAUGUUGGCUAAUGUAGCUACCGAAAACGAAGAAUUGCAAGAAAAGAAGUUCGAGUGGAGUCUGGUUGCAUCCAUCUUUGAUCAGGCUUUUCGAACUGCCUUUUUAAUCAUGAUAUUCUUAUCAACUUUGGCAAUCCUCUAUAUCUCAAGGAGUUAA